GUGUUGCAUAUCACAUAUGUAUCACGUUUGACACUUCUUGCAACACAUUUCAAGUGUUGGUAAAUGUGUGACUUUUCCCAGUAGUGAAGGAGAUGCUGAAGUCUUCAUUCUUUAGCUUCCUAGAGGGGCAGAUUCAGAUGCACCUGAAAAACCAGUGCUCAAAAACCUUCCGCAUACUCUAGUUGUUCCAGACUUAGGUUUAGAGUCGCGUAACUAUGUCCAAAACUGCCAAUCGAACUGGUCAUAGUGUGGCAAGAAAGAAAAAAAACACAUUUUCUAGUUGUCUUCGUUUGGUUUAAAGUUGCUCUCAUCUUAUUUGGUAUAGAGUUGCUCUCAUCUCAUUUUGUUGUUUAACUGGGGAAGGAAUAUGUAGGGCAACCUUUUUUUUUUUUUUUUGUAUUAUUAUAUUGUCAUGGCACAUUUCAAGAAAGAAAAAUGUACAAUAAUACCACAGCACUCAACACACACUAGUUGGCAGUUGCAGCCCUAUAUUCUCCUUAUAUCCCGCGACAAACUACAUGAGUCCAUGUCCUUCACAAAUCCACGGUGGUCGACGAUUCCCAAGACUUUAGCCGUCUCGUUAAGAAAAAGGUCCACCGGGAAUCUUUGCUUCGCCGAACGGAACAAGAUGUUAGCCUUGACAAAGCUGGUAAUUAAAGCCUCCCACCCUGAGCUCUUUGUCCCUCGAAUCCAACUGUAGCUUUCUCGCCCAGGUCCAGCCAGCUGUUGAGGAUCGACUACGAUGAUGAAAGCCUAUAUAACCAUAUGCCUCGAGUGUGUAAAUGUCAUCUAUCAGGCUGCAAAUGGCAAUUAUCCAUCAAUAGCAAAUUAUACCCAAACCCAAGUACACACAUUGAUAUAUAAUUGAUACGGUAUGUAUAAGAUAUAUAUGGGUUUGAGGGUUUGUAGAUGGAUUUGGUUAAGAUAGGAAUAUUAUGGGUUGUAUAUGGAUAUUCAUUUACUUAAAGGUGUUUUAACUACACAUACAAAAAUUGAACCUAGCUAUUUGUAAAAUUUGAAAACUUCAUGUACCAAAAUGUAAGACAAAAAAAUUUAGGUGCUAAAAUGUAAUUUUUUGUCGAUAUUUUGAGGACUUAUAUCCAAAUUCCAAAAUAAAUAAAUUUAGGUACUAAAUAUGUAUACCUAUUAUGUUUAGGUACCAAACUAUAAUUUGCAUUUGGGCCGCAUGGGUACAAAUUCAACCCAAGUAAAUGGGCAUGGGUACAAACCCAUCAAACUCUACCCAUAUCCAUCUAUUUGGAUUUCAUAGCCAAAUCAAUCGGGUUGGAUAGUAAAAUAUCCACGGGUAUGAGCAAAUUUGUCAUCCCUAGCUGCAUUCAUCAAACUCCAUGCAUGCAGUAGAGUGGAGCACUUCUACUAUGCUAUAUAGCAUUGGUGCUUUAAUGUACAACUUAAAGUUGUACCAUAACAUUAAAUGUAUAAGUUUAGAUUGUACCAUAAAGCAAUUUGUACUAUUAUGUUAUGGUACAACUUUACAACUUGAAAUUGUACUAUCACAUAAAGGUACAAGUUCAAGUUGGACCAUAAGAGAAUUUGUACCAAAAGUAUAGGUACAAUCUGAAGUUGUACCAUAACGUAAAUCUACAAUUUUAAGUUGUACCAUAAAGGAAAAAACCUAUAGCACCAAUACUAUAUAGCAUUGUAAAAUUUCUCACUAGAGUGUCAUAUUGACAUGUAAAGGAAGAUAGGAAUUCUUUCCCCUAUUAUAUAGCAUGUUUCACGGGUUCUCUUACGCGUAAAAUACAAUAGACAUUACGUAAUGGGUACGUGAAGGUUUACAGUAAAGGACGCUCCUUUUACGUAACGAAAUGUUAACUUCGUGUUAUGUAGGGGUGAAUAAACACACCCGAAAAUCGGCCCACCCAUCCAACCCGACCCAACCCACCCGUAUUUAUCGCUAAAACGAAGGUUUUGGGUUGGGUGAGGAUUUUCUUUUGUACAACCCGCCUCUUUUGGGUUGGGUUUGGAUUUUGGAUUACACAACCCGUAGAACCCGACCCAAUCCGUGUUCCAACUAUUGGUAUGAGUUCGUAUCCAAAAAUAUAUUUAUGUCGUAUAUAGCCAUACUUAUGAGAAAAUUAAGAUAUUGUGUCAUGUUUUUCUCUCAUGGUCUCCCUAAUCUAAUGCAUUCUUCGACUUCAAGUUUAGACAUAAAUUUAAUAUAGCUAUGAUUCACAUAAUCCUUUUUAUUGUGUACAAUUUUAAUAGAAUAACAUAUUAUGGAUGCGUUCGUUUAUAACCUUUUUAGCCUAUUUCAGCAAAUGUCGUGAAAAAAACUAGACAUAUUUUGAAGUAAAUCACAUUUUAUUAAAAUUGAAACAAUAUUUUGAAAUUUGAUAUUUUUCACCUCAGUUUAUUCGUUUGAAAUUUUAAUUAGUUAUAAAAUAUUUUGUUGGCGUAGAAUAAUUAUAUAUUUUUGUUGGGUUGGGUUUUUACGUAAAAAUAUCGCCAACCCAAUCCAAUUAGAAACAAACCGUAGGGUUUUUUUUUUUUAGUGAGUUUCGGUUUGAUAUUUUCCAAACCGUAGUAAAUGGGUCGGGUGAUUAAAAUGGCUAAACUCUUACCACCCAACCCAUGUACACUCCUAGACUGUUACGUAAAGUGUUAAGUCAUUACUGAAGUCUUGCAUAACGCUUCUGAUGAUUUUAGUGUCACACAAGAAAUAACUAUCUCGUUCCGUAACUUUUACGUAAUCGAUGUGCAUUUUACGUAAAAAGUUGUAAAGUGUCGUUAGUCGUUACAGAAACCUUACGUGAUUCUAUGCGAGUUAUCUAACUUGAAAUAUAACAAAGCAACUGUAAUUUUUUUUUUUUCCUCCUUCUUUUUUUGGACUUACACAUUUGGCAAUCGGCAUAUCCGUCUCAAGAAACUUCAAUUGUAUGCUGGUAUUCUUUUCCUCCGGCCACAUAUAUGAAUGAUAUCUCAUAUCUCCAUCCCAAAGUUCCCUAUAUAUACUUGUCACCCUCUUCAUCCCUCCCUUCCAAACAGCCACAAUUUCACACAUAAAAAAGAAAAACAGGGGACAAGGGAGAGAAAGACAGAAAAUGUGCAUUGCUGUUUUUCUAUGGCAAGCUCAUCCGCUCUACCCUCUGCUUGUCUUGCACAACAGAGAUGAGUACCACAACAGGCAAAUCGAUUUUCCCUACUCCUACUUCCUCUGUUCUUUCGUGUUUUAAUUAAGAUGUGAUAAAAUACGAUUUGCUAAAGCGCUAACGAGGGUCGAAACCGAAUCGAAAUAGUCGAGCAGAGGCUCGAGUAUAUGCAUGUCACUCCUGUUUAAUUAACUGGUUGCUAUGGGUUUGUACGUACAUACUGUAGGCCUACAGCAGCAGUGGAGUGGUGGGGAGGGAGCUGCGAGGAAAUGGAGGUUCUUGGGGGAAGAGAUGGUGUGGCGGGAGGGACAUGGUUGGCUUGUUCAAGAGGAGGCAGAGUGGCAUUCCUCACCAAUGUUUUGGAGCUUCAUCCCUUCCGCAAUGCCAGACCUCGUGGAGAGCUCCCUGUUCUUUUCCUCCAGGUAAAAAAUUAAAUUUGGUUGACGAGUUCUGUGUCAAGAGCGAGUUAUACGCGAUUUGUGAUUAUCGGGGUCGGGCCGGGUGUGAAUUUUGUUAAAACUCGGUCCGCUUUUCAUCUGACUCGCUCCAGAUCAAAAACAAAAGAAUGUCGAAUUUGUAUAACUUACUCUUUCCGCCUUUUGGAUAUUUUUGGUUUAUGAGGAGAAUGAGUGAGUAUCUAUCUGAUAAAUAUCAUGGUUAGUAUUUACCCAACUAGGUAACUCCUAUCAUGCAUAAGAAUGGAAGGUUUCAGCCAAAAAAAGUCUUUACACCCUGCGUGUCUAUUAACCUACCUAAACAAGGGAUAUGUCUUGCCAUGUCUUUAGUGUUUAAGAAGACGUUAGGUGUUGGGAGCGUCGCCUAGGCAUUUUUAACUUUUAAGUGAAAAUAGCAUUUUUAAUAGAAAUGACAAUUUUAUAACACUUUGACUUUAGUUCGAUUUCAAAUGAUUACUAACUUUGAUAACCCUAAAACAACAAGCAAAAUAUGGCAUGAUUUGCUAGAAUAACGAUGGUGAAGAGUAGGACAGAGGGUUGGGUCGACUAGAGCUGUAGAAGAUGGGCUACAUUUUUUUCUUAAUCUUUUGGUUUGUGAGUGUGCUUAAUUGCGUCUCACUUCGAUUAAUCACACCAAUUAACCAUGCCUUGCUUGCAUAGUUGCCUCAUGGGCAUAAUGAGCACAUAAUUGUUUGCCUAGAGCCUAGACGAGGCGUUUUGUCACUGUCUAGCGCUUAGGCAUACACGGAAUUACGCCUUCCUGAACCUUGGUGUUUAGUAAUGAAACAAAAAAAUAUGUACAAUGUGAGAUCUCAGUGACUUUUGUCUUCGAGCAUUGCUCGUUUGACUAGUGAAACGCAAAGCGCAAGCUGACUCGUCUCAAGUAGGGCUGCAAAUGAGCCAAGCCGCUAGCGAGCAACUCGGCGUUAUCGAAAAAAACUCGUUUGACACUCGACUCGUUGUUUAACAAGCCGGCUCGCGAGCCGACUCGUUAGUAAACGAGCCAAGUUUGAGCUAGACCAUGCUCAGCUUGAUAAGCUCGUGAGCUAGCUUGACUCGGUGGCUUGUUGAGCUAAGCUCGCGAGCUGGCUUGUUUAGAGCUUGUGGAAGGAUUAAUUACUCUUUUGAACAUGAAAAUUAUCAUGUUAACAAGGAUGUGUAUGGAAGUUAGAUGUUAUUAUUAGUUUCUAGUGUUCUUUUUAUCAUUUUUAGUUUCUAAUAUUCUUAUUUGUACACAUUUUUCCAGCAAAGAAUGGUUUCAAAUCGAGCUCAUCUUGACCCAAGCUUGUACUCAGCUUGACAAGCUGUGUUAAUGAGCAUUUAUCGAGCUCUAUCGAGCCGAGCUCGAGCUGGAUAAUUUUAAUCGAGUCGAGCUCGAGCUGGAUGAUCAAAAUUCGAGUUCGAGCCGAGCUAGAGUUGAAAAAAUUUAUAAACGAGCCGAGCUCAAGCUGAGCAAAAGCUCAACUCGACUCGCCUCGUUUGCAGCCCUAGUCUCAAGUAUCUGAGUAAUUGGAUGAGAAUGAUAAUAUACUUGUAGAUCGACGACUAUUAACUAGUGUACUUGACCAAGACUUGACGGAGACUAGUCAAAAUUCCUUUUCAACUUGUUGAAUUAGUAGAUUCUUUUUGAAUCUUUCCUCAACAUUACCCUAAAUAAUGACCUAAGAUUACC